AGGAAGAAAUGGAGAAAGACUCAGGACACUACUGCUUCCUCAGAGCAAGGUAUCUUGGCCCCAUUGCCUUCCAUUCCCCAGUGUCCAAAUUCACCUUCACAGCCCUGGUCCCAGGAUACAGCCCUGGACCAAAGCAAAGCCCAGCAGGCUGGUCCAGCUGGCCAGUGCAGGGGUGCAGCCACAGGAGAUAUGGCUCAGAGCAGGCCAUCACCACAGGAACACAUGGAAGAAAAAGAUCUUCACACCUCCACGCUCUCUGGGGACACGAGCCUCUCUCAGGAGGUGUCUGGGCCACCAACAUCUACCUGCAAAGAUUCUGCCCAGGGGCUCCCACUGCCUGAGUCCAAAGGGGAUUCUGAGCCUCAGAAAGAAGCACAGAGGGCCAGGCAGCACCUGGAAGUCCCAGCCUCUGGGGAGGGUGAGACCAAGGACAGGUUGGCUGUUCCUGGAGAAAAACCAGGUGAAAACAGCUCAGAGCCCAAAGACCUGAGGAAGCCAGAAGGGAGUGACAAAAAUGACACAGCUGUUGUGACAAAGGAGAAGGAGCAGAAGAACCAGAAGGCCAGCAGUCAGGCCUUCCCCUCAAGCUGGCUGAACCCCGAGGAGGGGAUCACCAUGUACUUCCACACCAUCAUCCCCACACAUGUCACCUUGUACCCCAAGCUCCACACUGUGUUCAUCAGGGGAGGAGAAGAGCUUGGACAGCCUGAGUGGAGUGAUGCUUGUGAGAUGUACUACACUGAGUGAGUCCUGGGGCCCCCAGUCCCUCUGGUGUUUGUUAGAGGUGAUC